AUGCCCGAAUGUCCGCACUCCGUGUCCAAAAUUGACAGAAAUGUUUUAGGGCGAGAACAAGAAAGACAGCGCUCGAGGAAGCCUCGGGAGCUCGCAGCAGUCGCGCGCCUGCGCCCCACACAUUCGCCACAACCGCGCCGGCCCCAGCACGGGCGCGCUGGCGGCAGUGCCCCGGAGGCAGCGCCCGGCAGCAGCAUGCUCCGCCAGCUGCGCAGCGUCCUCCCUGCCGCCGCCCUCCGCGAUCCGCCCCUCCCCUGCGCCUUCUCCCGGCCCUCCCCGAUGGGCGCCACCGCCUACGACGUCGGCAGCUCGACAAACAUCAAGUGGCACGAGGGCGGUGUGGAGCGCGCCUCCAAGCACCGGCUGCUGGGCCAGCGCGGCGUGGUGCUGUGGUUCACGGGCCUGAGCGGCUCGGGCAAGAGCACGGUGGCGUGCACGCUGGAGCACGCGCUGCGCGAAGGGGGGAGGUUCACGGCGCUGCUGGACGGGGACAACGUGCGCCACGGCCUGAACAGCAACCUGGGCUUCAGCCCCCAGGACAGGGAGGAGAACAUCCGGCGCAUCGGCGAGGUGGCUAAGCUGUUCUCCGAGAACGGCGUGAUCACGCUGGUGAGCUUCAUCUCGCCCUACAGGAGGGACCGGGACGCCGUGCGGGCGCGCCUGCCGCCCGGGGACUUCGUCGAGGUGUUCAUGAAGGUGCCGAUCGAGCUGUGCGAGGAGCGGGACCCCAAGGGACUGUACAAGAAGGCGCGGGCGGGCCAGAUCAAGGGCUUCACGGGCAUCGACGCGCCCUACGAGGAGCCGCCGUCCCCGGAGUUGACGAUACAGGCGCGGGACGGCGCGGGGGCGCACGUGCCGCCGCAGGCCAUGGCGCAACAGAUUCUGACGUUUCUGCACGAGAAGGGGUACCUGACCGCGGGGUCCUCGUGA